AAUCGAUUAUAAGUUGAGCAUUUUUAGAAUCGUUUAGGAUCUCAUAUGUGUCGGUCAUCAUUGGUUAGUCAAAUUAACAAAAGGAAGAAAAAAAAUUCGACCCAAGCUUUUUUCUUCCUCUCUCUUUCAUUUCUUUCGAUCCCAAAAUCGGUAAAUUGUCUCAAUCCGUUGAAUUAAGAGAAUAGAUGAGUCGGAUAUGGGUUUCUAAUCCGACGUUAUCACCAUCCAAGCGACGCCGGUGACAACUUCGGCGAUAUCCGAUUCCUCAACCGCAAACACCAAACGGAGAAGUAAAAGAAAACUCUGAGUUUGGUUCAAGGACGCUCAAAUCUUGUCCCCAUGCAAUGAUUCAACAGAUGAAACCUGCUCUCCCUGCACUUGAACUACUUCUUCAUUCAAACGAUGAAGAAGUCGUGAAAAAUGCUUGCUUGGCACUAUGUGAUAUCUCUAAUGGUUCUGAAGAUGGUAUCCAAAGUUUGAUUGAGGCUGACUUUGUCUCAAAACUAGUUCAAUUUCUCAAACACCCUUCUCCAGCGGUGCUUCUUCAUGCACUUCGUACCAUUGGGACUAUAACUGCUGGAAAUAAUCAGCAAACACAGGGCUCUGAAUGUUCCUCUUUGAACUUAUCCUUCAGUCUGGUCAAUUGGGGUGCUUUACCAAUUCUUUCCAACUUACUUACUCGAAACUAUGAGAAAUACAUAAAGAAGCCUGCUUGCUGGGUGAUUUCAAACAUUACUGCAGGCACUGUAGAACAAAUUCAGGGUGAGGAUUGCUAUGCUCACUUAAGUUCUGACUAAAGCAUUCGAGUGCCAUUGCUUCAGCUCUCCAGUCAGAGUAGUUUGUACACAAGUUUACGCGCCUUCCACUCUAGACUCUUCUCUAUAUACAUGAGAAUUGUGGUUCUCACCAUCGGUAGUCGACUCUUCUGAUACCUCAGGCGCAAUAAUAGACAUGGUUUGUGGAUUCUCAUGUCCAGAAUGUGCUGAUAUCUCAGCCAGAUCAGGAUUGGCCAAUGCUUCUUCACGACAAGAUGAGGCUGAGAGGUUACUGCAUCCUGUGUGAAGAUCUCUUGGAGUAUCUGACAUCAGAGUUCCAUUUUCUGAACUGAUUUCAGAAGUUGAAAUAAACUGUUUAGAAACCCAAAAUUAUGAUCUACCAUUGGAGCAUGACAUUUUACAGUUUUUUUAAAAAGUUUUUAAGUUAAUUA